AUGGCGGGAAUGCUUAACAAAAUAGAUAAAGACUCUAUUCGUCAAAUCUGUAGUAGCCAGGUCGUCACUGAUCUGAAAGGAGCAAUUAAGGAACUAGUUGAGAAUAGUAUUGAUGCAUGAGCAAAGAAAAUAGAUAUAAAGUUCUUCCAAUAUGGAUUAGAAGGAAUGGAAGUAGCUGACACUGGAAAAGGAAUUAACGAAGCUGAUUUUGACAUCAUUGCAAAGAGAGGAACAACCUCAAAGAUCUCAGAACUUGAAGAUAUUUAUAAGAUAAAGUCCCUUGGCUUUCGUGGAGAAGCUCUUAACUCUCUUUGAUCACUUGGAGAAGUUUCAAUUUCAACUAAAACUGAAGAUAAUGAGUUAGGAUACUUCUUAAAAUUUGAUGAAGCAGGAGAACUUAUCAGCAAGAAACAAAUUGCCAGGAAUGUUGGAACAACUGUGAGCAUCAAAAAUUUAUUCAGAAAACUGCCUGUAAGAUACAAUGAAUUCAAGAAAACAUGCAAGAGUCAAUUCACUAAGGCUCUUUCUGGAAUGCAGUCUUACGCGAUAAUAAAUUCACACAUUAAAUUUACACUCACAAAUACGACUAAAGGAUCAAAGCAACUAAAUACUCUAAUCAGAACUAAUGGAGAUGGAGACAUGAAAACUAACAUCAUCACUAUUAUUGGGAAGAAAAAGACUCAAGAACUUAUAGAAUUUGAAUGAGACCUUCCUCAUUGUAAAAUCUCUGGUUUUGUAACCAAGUACAUUUCCAGUGGUUCAAUGCAGUCAGGGAAGAUCAAUAGAGACUCAGUUCAUUGCUAUCUAAACAAUAGACCAAUAGAUCUCCCAAAGAAAAUAAUAAACUGUUUUAUGGAGAUUUACAAGCAAUUCUCGGCACAGGUGACUCCUGUAAUAAUCCUCAACUUCCAAGUUGAGGAUCAGUACUAUGACAUUAAUGUGUCUCCAGAUAAGAGAGAAAUUUUCUUAAAAUAAUGAACAGGAGAUCAUCAAAGGCCUUAAGCUUCAUCUUAAUAAUUUCUUUGAGGACAUUCAGAAGUCAAAAUUAGUCGAGAAUCUGAAGAAAAAGGAGGACUCUUUCAACCCAACUCUGGAUGUCAAGGAUAAUAUGAUCAUCAAAAGUCUCCAGAAGAAGAAAGUUAUCCACCAGCAAGACCAGAUGGAUGAAGAAGAGGAAGAAAAGUUCCAGGCUCGUAAAGACAGUGGGGCGCAGAAAUCAAUGAGUGACCAUUCACAAAGGUUUAGUCAAUACAAGACAAAUUUGAGGAAGAGAACUUCUCUUCAGCAAUCACAAGGAUCUUCAGAAGGCAGUAAAAAGAUCAAAUCAGAAGUACCUCGGGUAAAAAGACUCAAAACUGAAUAUGAGAUUGAAUGUGAAAAUGAGGAAUUAGAAGAUUCCUCUCAGAAGAGUACACAUAAAACAGAGAAAAAGUUUACUGCCUUUGAACCUAAAAGACCUUCGAUAGACCUGGAAGCUCUAAAAAGCAGAAUUAAGAAAAAUAACACAAUGACAAGACAAGAGAAACAGAAAAACUUUUUAUCAAAAUUCAAAGCAGCCUCUAAGAGAGGUAAUAGAAAGAGGCUUUCUAAAGAACCUGAAGAAGAGUCUCAGCAAGAAGAAAAGCCUAAAGACUAUAUGUCUGCUGUAGAGAGGACAUUUGGGCCAACUCAAGUAAAAUACUUAGACAAAGAAAAUGAUCCUGCUUAUGAACUGAACCAGGAAUUAAUGAAUCAUCAGGAAGAGCAAAAGACAUUAUUUAAGAGAGAAAAGAUACAGCUAGUUAACAAAAAUGUAUCCUUAGACUCAAAUCUGAAUAUAUCCUCUCAAGGAGAUCAGAACAUUGACAUCACCAAGGAAUCGGCUGAUCCUGAUUCUAUCCUAAGAGAGCAUCCAAUGAACAGUGAGAAAUUAGUGUUCAUGGAGAAAUUGCCUGUCACCACAGGAUUUGAUACAUCAGAUUCUGAGGUGUCCUUAGACAUCAACAGACUUCCUUCAAUCUUGGAAAGAGAAAAACAGAGGUAUGAAGAACUUUCCAGUAAGAAGUCAGAGAAUAUUAUCCAAAGGAACAAGAAAAAGAAUAUUCUGACAAAUCCUGGUGAUCUUGAUAACAACAUCAUUGAUGUGGAUGAAUCAAAGCUUGAUGAAAUGUUUGGAAAAGAGGAUUUUAAGAAACUUAGAAUUAUCGGUCAGUUCAACCUCGGGUUUAUCCUAGCUGUUAGAGAAGAUACAAACCAGCUCUUUAUCCUAGACCAGCAUGCCACAGAUGAAAAAUUCAACUUUGAAAGAUUAUCUAAAUCUACAGUGAUCCAUUCGCAGCCAUUAGUUUGACCAAUAAACCACGAUGUAAAUGUCUGCGAACUUCUUGCUCUUAAAGAGCAUGAAGAUGUGUUCGUCAAGAAUGGGUUUAGAUUUGAAUUCGAUAACAGUGACAAAGAGACUUGUAAUCGAAUCAAAAUCAAGACAUUGCCAUACAGCAAGAAUAUUCAGUUUACAGUAGAUGAUUUUAAUGAAUUACUGUCGAAAAUUACUGAAGAUAUUGAUAUGAAUGAGAUGAAGAAGCUGGAAAAAGAUUUUCUGCAUAAAGAUAUAUACAGACCAAAGAAAGUGCGUAAUAUGCUUGCAAAUAGAGCAUGAAGAAACUCGAUCAUGAUUGGAAAAGCUUUAACUAAGCCAAAAAUGAAAGAAAUCGCUAUAAAUCUCUCCAACCUUGAAUGUCCAUGGAAUUGCCCACACGGAAGACCAACAAUGAGAUUCCUCAUCAAACUAGACGACAUUCCAAACUCCUAUGAAGAAUUUGGAACAGAGCCUAAAAUCCUUAAAAGAAACUAA